AUUUUACACCAUUUACGACAAUUAUUUACACUCAAACGUAAUUAGUUUGACACCAUUUACAACAACUAUAACAAAAUCAUGCCUACAAUCGGAUAAGACACAUUUUACACAAACCUAGAGACAUCACUGAAACACCACCACUCGAUUUGCCAAAACCCCAAGCAUAUUUAAACUCAUUAAUGAGAAAAUAAUCAUUGCAGCAUGUAAAAGACAACAAAAUUCUCAUUAAUGAGAAAAACCACACAGACAUAACCAUAUAGCAAGAAAUACUUUAGAUCAUCAUCAUUGCAGCAUAUAAAAGACAACAAAAUUCUCAUCUUGAUUAGUAAAUUUACUAUUUUUUAAGUUUCAACAAAAUAAUCAAAAUCCCACAUAAAACACAACCUAAUAUUAACCAAGAUCAGAAAAGAUAUCAGAGGAGAGGACCGUACCUAUAAUCAACGGCGGCGGGAAGCAACGACGACGGGAACCAAUGACUACUGAUGGAGACUAGAACCAACGACAACUGAUGGAGACUGGAUAGGGAGAGUGAGAUUGAUGGAGAGUGAGGAAGAGUGGGGAAGCCUGAUCGCAAAGCGAGCGAGAGAGAGUGAUGGCAGAGAGCGAGGGAAAGAGAGUGUACAGGGAGAGAGAGUGAGUGAAUAGGCGUUGUGAGACGUUAGGGUCCUAUUGAUUCAAAUCGCUGAAGAAAACUCGAUUUUACGCUUCCCGAGUUAUAAAUGUCUACACAAACAUUUUUUUAUUGGGAAAAACCCACGUCUGCAGCACCAACGUGGCACAAAGGACGUCAGACUAACUCGAUCAUAGAAAUAUCGAGUUCUUCAUAAAAACUCGACUCUCGUAUUGUCGAGUUACAAAAGAGAGACAUUUCCUUAAUUAGUUUGGGAAAUGGGGCAAAAGAAUGUUUAAUUUGCGAGAAAAGGGCAUUUGCCCAUUUUUUCCUAUCUCAAUCAAAGUCCUUUACUCAUUUUGGUUUUCAAUGGCAUGUCAAAUGAAGAAAAAAUUGUUGCUUCUGCUACUUGUAUUGCUGGUAUCGAACUUGCAACCUUGUGUUAAUGGAACGCAACAAGUGCCUUGUUUCUUCAUUUUUGGGGACUUAUUGUCUGAUAAUGGGAACAAUAACAACCUUGUGACUAAGGCAAAAGCCAAUUAUCAGCCAUAUGAGAUAGAUUUUCCUGGGGGACCCAUCGGAAGGUUUACUAAUGGUCGCAAUCUUGUCGAUAUCAUUGGUCAGUAUUUACCUUUUUUUAAUUAUAAAAUUUAUACUCGUUACAGUUUUUAUAAUUUUUCCUUUUGCGCCAUCUUGAAGUAUUUGAAUUGGGAAAAUUUGAUUUUGAUUCAAGGAGAGUUUUUAUAUUUUGGAAGAAAAUUGAUUUUGAUUCCAAGAGCUAAUUCGAGAAUGGAAAGGCACCAUCAAGUUAAUAUAAUUUGGUGCAUCAUAUUGCUGGGUGAUCGGAUAAGCUUGGAUAGGCAGUUGCUAAAUCUCCAAGUUACCGUCUCAAACAUCAAGAACCUACUUGGAAAUAAUGAAUCAUUGGCCACAGCUUAUUUAAACAACUGCAUAUACUAUGUUGCAAUAGGUAAUAAUGACUACCUAAAUAAUUACUUCAUGCCACAGUUCUAUCCUACAAGCCGCAUAUAUAACCAAGAGCAAUAUGCAUGCUACGGUUCUCAUUCAACAACUCUCUCAAAAAUUAUUGGAUUUUGCAUAAUCUUGGAGCAUUGAAGGUAGUUGGGUCUAUUAGGGUAUACUCCAGUUGAACUCACUAUGUGCGGUACUAAUUCUUCAUGUGUGAACAACAUCUUCAAUGCAGUCACACUUUUCAAUGAUAGGGU